GGCUCUAGCUUGUCAUGACACGAAUAGCGGAGUUCAGAAGUCAAUGAAUGGAAAACUGCUUCUACUGGUUGCGACGACAGUGCGCUAUUAGACUUAUCCGGCUCUUAAGAGUCGCAGCAAGCCGAUGUUUACCACCAGGAAGGUCGAAUGUAAAGCCUAAAAUGCAAGAAUUAUCAAGAGCUCAACACGCGUUGAGUUGCGAUGGAAUAUUCGACAAAAUCUGAGUAGGAUGUUUAUAUUACGAUUCUUCGUUUUUACCCUGGUUCUUUGGCUGAAGUUAGUUUCAUGUGGAGCUAAUACGUGGUUCGUAUACAAGCCGCGUAACCCGUUGGACGUCUCAGAGGGCUCAUCGGUCACUUUCAAAUGGGAAUUCUCCAGCCCUCUACAACCUGUGCUGUCCCAGUGGACGGUCUACGAGGAUGAUGGGGGUUUCGUCCUUAUCGCGCAACGCAGCGGGGGACUCUCCGCCCCCGUCCAGUACACCAACAGGCUUCAGGGCAGGGUCAAGGUCGAGGAGACAGCUUCCUUGCGCGUGGAUGAUAUCAAGAUGAGUGACGCGGCAAGAUAUGGGUGUAAUAUUACUUUUGAGGGGGGCGAGAAGUUGUCGAAUAUCACCAGGUUGAUCGUACAUUCAGCGGAAGCCGAUAGCGGUCGUCACGAGCGUCAUCUUUACUGGCUAUUCGUCGGACUGCUUUUUCUACUCGUGUUACUUGUAAUCAUUUACCUCUAUCUACAACGACGAAGGCGAAAAAUGAUCGCCUCAAGGAUGAAGCAACAGUCAUACCCACCAAGGUCUUUAAACUUGGACGCGAUAGAAGAAGAUUACCAUGGCCCCGGAAGCGGCGCCGAGUAUCAGGUGCCACCCAUUGCACCCGCAAACUCGCUCAAGAUACGGGAAUACCCGCGGGAUAGUGUGGUGGUUGUCAAGGUGAUAGGAAAAGGCGCUUUUGGCCUGGUUGCUAAGGGCAUAGUCCAACUGAGCGGGAAGAAUGAAGGCUCUGUGGUCGCACUAAAAAUGCUCAGAAAGAACGCAACUGAAGACGAUCACAAGGACUUCAUGGCGGAGCUUGAGUUGAUGAAAAGCUUGGAGCAUCAUGCGAAUGUCAUUGCACUGUACGGCUACGUCACGGAGUCAGAGCCUGAAAUGAUGAUUAUCGAGUUCGUGGCACACGGAGAUCUACUCGGGUAUCUUCGGAAAAGCCGAGGCCUUCAAGACACUUAUUUUGACGAUCCGGACCUCGCACCCGUCAGCUCGUUAACCACCCAACAGCUUUUCACUUACGCAUGGCACGUAGCUAAUGGCAUGGAAUUCCUCGCUUCGAAAAAGGUCAUCCACAGGGAUCUCGCCGCAAGGAAUGUGCUGGUUGGGGAAGGUCAAAUGUGCAAGAUUACGGACUUUGGACUCGCACGUAACGUGCACAAUGACAACAUCUACACACGUACAUCUCGGGGUCGUCUUCCCGUUAAGUGGACAGCUUACGAGUCGCUUCUGUACGGAACCUGCACCACCAUGAGCGAUGUGUGGAGUUAUGGCGUGGUUCUUUAUGAGAUAUUCACCAUUGGUGGGUCGCCGUAUCCCGGGAAGGACGGGAAGGCUGUGGUUGAGCUCCUACAAGAUGGCUACAGGAUGCCUAAACCAGAUCAUCUCAACGAAUCUUUGUAUGAGGUAAUGACAGACUGCUGGCAAGAGAAGCCUGAUCUCAGACCAAAUUUUACCGAAUUACGACAGAGAAUUAAAGAAAUGAUGGACGCCGGCCAUGACGAGUAUAUACGGUUGGAGGAGUAUGAUGCUAAAUUAUACGAAAACUUAGAUGACUUGGACGUCUGAUACCAUGUGUAGGAAUCAAUAGAUGAAGAUUAUCUUCUUCAGUGAUGGGUAUCCGUCAAUCUGUCAGUUGAAUGGCUCGCCAUUUGAGUAGAAUCGACUAAACUUAUUUGCAGUGGAAUAGUAUCCAGCAGUUAAUUGGCAUUUAGCCGUUUUAGGGUAUCAAUCUGGCAUCCCGCAGUUGGAUGGUAUCCUGCAGUUGUGGCGAAUCCUGCAGUUGGAGGGUAUUCUGCAGUUGAAGGGUAUCCUUCAGUUGGAGGUUAUUCUGCAGUUGAAGGGUAUCCUGCAGUUGGAGGGUAUUAUGCUGUUGGAGGGUAUCCUGCAGUUGGAGGGUAUUAUGCUGUUGGAGGGUAUCCUGCAGUUGGAGGGUAUUAUGCUGAUGGAGGGUAUCCUGCAGUUGGAGGGUAUUAUGCUGUUGGAGGGUAUCCUACAGUUGGAGGGUAUUAUGCUGUUGGAGGGUAUCCUUCAGUUGGAGGGUAUUAUGCUGUUUGAGGGUAUCCUUCAGUUGGAGGUUAUUCUGCAGUUGAAGGGUAUCCUGCAGUUGAAGGGUAUCCUGCAGUUGGAGGGUAUCCUGCAGUUGGAGGGUAUUAUGCUGUUGGAGGGUAUCCUGCAGUUGGAGGGUAUUAUGCUGUUUGAGGGUAUCCUGCAGAUGGAUGUUAUUCUUCUGUUGAAGGGUAUCCUUCAGUUGGAAGGUAUCCUGCAGUUGGACGGUACCUUGCAGUUAGCCGGUAUCCUAUGACGAUCUUGUGCCCUAUAUCUUAUGUGUUUGUAGAGUACAACACGAACAGACUGAGUGACUUUUCGUGGUUCUUUUUGACCCGUGAGUUCAGUGAUGUCCAUGAGAUGAAACCAUUCGAUAACAGAGGUGUACCAGAGGUUUUCCCGAUUUUCUUAUAACAUUUAAACAAUUACAAGAAAGGGCAGGUAGCAGGAGAAACCACUGUAUGUCUCUCAAUUCGUAAGAUGGAUAGAUUUAGAACUCAUUCGCAAUUUUUUUUAAAUGAUGUAAAUAGUUUUUAUCAAAAUGUAUCAAACAUAUAUCUUCUUGCCUGCUGAUACGUAGAGUCGUGUUCAAGUUGUUAUUUCUAACCUGAAUUCGUGAAAGAAUUCGGGAUUCAAUUUCAAAAAUAAUUGACAAAACAAAUCAUAAAAGGAAAUUCAUUAUAAAUAUAAUAAUCAUUAUUUCCCAAGCAGAAACUACAAAAUAGUUCCAAUAGACGAGUAUAAACAAUCAAACAUAUUUUUAUAGAUAACAAGUGCAAGGAUCGUGGAAGUAUAAAACUACAAUAAUAAAUCUUAUUAAAACAACAUUAAAGAAUGCAUUUAUUGGUG